CCCUCGCCGCCGUCUUCUUCUUCCUUCCUUCUUCUUUACCACCAGUCUCCUCCGGUGGAGGCGAGCCACAGAGAGAGACGGCGAUGGCAUGGCUGGGGCGGACGGUGAAGCUUCUGCUGCUGCUGGUGGUCGCGGUGCUUGUGGCCUCCGCUUCUUCCCCCACCGCUGCGGCGGUGGCGGCGGGGCAGGAGGAGGAAAGAGUGAUCAGGCUGAAGCAAAGUGAUGAUGGUUAUUCCUACAAUCAUACGCUUGCUCAUAUUCUUGUCGAAUACGCAUCUGCAGUGUACACUUCUGACUUAACAUCACUUCUCUUAUGGACCUGUCCAAGGUGCAAAGGCCACACAAAGGGUUUUGAGGUGAUAGAGAUCAUAGUAGAUGUGGAGAACUGCUUACAGGCAUUUGUUGGAGUUGCGCCUGACCCUCGAUCAAUAAUCAUUGCAUUUAGAGGCACUCAACAGCACAGUAUCUCAAAUUGGAUCGAAGAUCUUUUCUGGAAGCAGCUUGAUGUGACAUACCCUGGCAUGCCGGAUGCUAUGGUCCAUCAUGGGUUUUAUACUGCAUAUUAUAAUACAACUAUGCGGUAUGAGAUCCUGAAGUCUAUUAAAUGGGCAAGAAAAACAUAUGGAGAUCUACCCAUAAAUGUUGUGGGACAUUCCAUGGGAGGGGCUUUAGCUUCGUUUUGUGCCCUUGAUCUAUCUGUUAAAUUUGGACCAAAGGCGGUUGAGCUCAUGACUUUCGGACAGCCCCGGAUAGGCAAUCCUGCUUUUGCUGUAUACUUUGGUGAACAAGUCCCAAGAACAAUCCGUGUGACCCAUCAGAAUGAUAUUGUGCCGCAUUUACCACCGUAUUAUUAUUACCUAGGUGAAUGGACAUACCACCACUUUGCUAGAGAGGUUUGGCUUCAUGAGAGCAUAGAUGGAAAUGUAGUUACUAGAAAUGAGACGGUAUGUGAUGAUUCUGGUGAGGACCCAACCUGUAGCAGGUCGGUCUAUGGGAUGAGCGUAGCAGAUCAUCUUGAGUACUACGGUGUCACACUACAUGCUGAUUCAAGGGGAACCUGUCAAUUUGUGAUUGGUGCAGCCAACUCAGUUUACAGCUACGUUCGUGAAGUUGAUGGAUCCAUCAUCUUGUCAAGAUAUCCAGAAGAACCACAAGCUCUAGAAUCUAUGUGACUUUGUCUGCCACGAAAUACACCCCUGUACAGUAUUUUUAUUUUCAUUUUGUGUACAGCUCAUGAAAUACUGAGCGCUCCCGGAGCUCUCCAGAGGAUAAGGAGAGGCUCACCUUUUAAAUGUGCCCCCUUUGCUCAAGUGAGAAUUGUACAUGUAAGCUCCAUAAGAUUGUCCGCACAAUUCAAUUCGUAUAUAUAAAUAAUACCAUAUAAGUAAUGCAAGUCUUAGAUGGUA